GUAUGGGAGGAGGACGGACACGCCGCCGCCGCCGCCGCCAGAGAGCGGAUUCAACCCCCCCCACCGCCUGCCACUGAACGCCUACCAACUCGCCUUCGAUACACUCAAAUGUACUGAGAUGAACGUAGAGGAGCAUAAAGUCGGAGGAGAAAUUUGCUUUCCCUGCAGAACCGUACCCCCCCCCCCCCCCACAGAAGGCCUUAUCUCUGUGCUGAGUGUCGGGGAGCUGCAGCAUGCACGUGUCCCAAUAUGCAGUGUUGAACAGCGGCUUCAACUGCGGAUUGUAGAUUAAAUAGUAUAUAGCCGAAAAUUUCAUUCCUCCUGCAAAUUACUUGAGCAGAUGUCUGUGUAGGAGGUGAUAAGAGCCAUGGAAACACACACACACACACACACACACAAAUCUACGUGUGCGCACUCGUACGGCAAGCACACAGUAUUUGACUGCACGCGGUAUCUUUUUAUAGUUUGUGCACUUAGCACAAUGGAUUUCAAUGGACUCGUGGUUCCGUGUUGCAGAAAGACAUUUAAAGCUUCGCUGAUGGAAUAUUUUCCUAUUAUUAUUGCGUCCAAUACGGUAAAAAGAGGAAAGGGUGCUGAUCUAAUGUUGAACCCUCAGAGCUGAAUCACCCUCAGCUCUUUAGAGCAUUUCUGCUCAAUUGUGUGUUCAUUUCACCCUCGACUUUACUCUCCCCGCUCUGAUCAACGUCAUCUCCUCUGAAGGAGAUCAAACCAGAGCAAAAAGGAGAUGGAAUAUAUGUUGACCUUUAUCAGACCAAGAUCUACUGGAGGAGACGAUUGCUGAGAGCUGCUUUCAGACGUCCCAGAACAUUUGCGGCGACUCGUUGCCGUUGGCGAUGGUGAUGCUGUUCGACUACCAGGACCGACGGUUUUUCUCACGUAAGCGUUCCGCGACGGAAGAGGAGCAGCCUUCGCAGGAAGUCAGGGACAUGGAGGGCAGUCUGCAGAGGCGUAAAACCAAGCUGGCAGCCACUCUCGCUCGCUACAUAGUGAAGCAUAGGCUGCAGGGCGUCUCCUGCUUCCUCUCUGAGGGUGUCAGGACCAAACAGCAGCGAGCAAAGCUCCUGCCAGUGUACGCGUGGGUCAAUACUCUCCAGACCAGUGUUGAGGACGUGUGUGCGGCCCUGCGAGCGGUCGGACUGCGUGAAGUGGAGCUGCCGGUGGACCUGACGGAGGAGACGUUCUGCAGAGACCCCCUCUGUCCGGACACACUGGUCUUCUCCCGGCAGCUUCACAGCAGCCUCACGGGCACAGAAGCACUCAACGCACAGGACAGGAGCCUGUGCGUGGCGGUGAGCGCGUUACGCCCCCUGCUGGUGGACAAAGGCGACGUCCUGGUGGCGGGGUCCUUCUCGGCCGUGACCGUGGCUCACGUGGCCGUGGCGGCGGCGGCCCGCUCCGGCCGGGCGCUGGUGUGCGGCGGCGACCACACAGCCGCGCAGCUGGAGGAGAUGCGAGAACUGCUCGAAGGGAUGGACAUCAAAAACGCGCGCGUCCUGUCCGAAGCCUUCUGCGGCCUUGGCGAGGGCGACGCCGCGGUCCAGCGCUUGAAGGUCAUCUUGGUGCUGCCCCAGUGCUCGUCCUCCGCGCUCAGUGACCCCGUGCCCACCAUCCACAGCGAACACGGAGCGUGGGACCUGCUGCCAGACUUGUGUCACGAAUCCGUGAGCCGCAGCAAAAUACACAAAAUGGCCAACGAGCAGGCCAGACUCCUGGCACACGCUCUCUGCUUCCCAAAGGUCCAGACGGUGGUCUACUGCACACGCUCAGUGUAUCCCGAGGAAAAUGAACAGCUGGUGAAAAGAGUGUUGGAAAAGACACACACUCACCCCAAACUGCUGCCCUUCAGGUUGAACGGCCCCAUUUUCCCCGACGACUCUGGGUCCGGUGUCACGACGGACUCCAGGUUCCUCUGGAUCCAAGCGUCCCAGUUCACCAACGGCUGCUUUGUCGCACGGCUGUCUCGACAGGCGGAUCCAACCAAGGUAGAGACCAUCCACGAUGUGCUGGCCAGGGCAGCGGCAAAGGGCCUCCUCGGCGGAAUUCUUCCUGAACAAUCAAAACCCGGUAAGAGGGGAAAAAGGAGGAAGAAUGGCAUCGCUUCAGCCGGCAGCAAACCCUCGUCCCCCUCGAGCCAAGAACGGCAGACGGGGAGCAAUGCGGCGAAUGGAGAAGAUCCGGACGCAGCUUCAGAGCACAAUGGAGAGAGAGGUGAAUGUGGCGAGGAGGGAAAGGAGGGAGAGCGGGGUGGAAAAUGUGGGAAGAAGAAGAAGUUGAAAGGAACCAAGCACAAGGCCAAGGGGCAAACCAAGGGGACAAACGAAGCCUCAAAGCAAAACCACAAGAGCCGCACGAAGAAAUCAACAAAAACCAACGUCAACCAGUCACAUGUCAAGAGGCAGAGACCCAGGAGAAUACCUCGACUCACACUAUCCUUAAUGUCCUCCUCAAAGUCCUCCAACCACCUGCAUCCAAUCACGGCCCUCGCGCACAAGCUGAGGAACGGUCCGACCAUCAAAUCCCAGCAGGCGGACUUAAGCGGCCCGUCCCCUGGCCGUCCCAAACCCACCGCGGCCUCCAAGCAGGUGCACGCAGGAAGCGGCGAGCACCACAGGGCGGAGGGAAGGCGGACGGAGGAAGCUGGACCAAAGGUCAAAGGAAACUGUGAGACUGUGUUGAAGCCCCCAGAUUCUGUCCUGCCACCCAUUUGUUCCCCGUCCCACGGCUCGGUGAGCGCUAGCUCUCUCUGUCUCCGUCUGUCCCGGACGUCCCUCUCUCAGGCUGGCCACACGUCCGCCUCGUCCUCCUCCGUCGACCUUCCCAGGUUAUAGAGAAGAUUCCACGUUCCCCGAUGCUGUUAUACAUGAAAUGAUUUGCAUGUUCUGCACAAUAAUUACAAGUAAUAUUACAACUAGAAAAUGCAUUUCCUGCUGAAAAUGCGUUGGAAUGCAAAAAGCUGAAAUUAAUUUUAAAAAAUAGCUGAAA